CAUUGUCUUUAUUUCCAACUGAUGGAGAUCAGCUUUGAGUUGUUAGUUAACCGUUUAAAUUCAAAUGAUUUUUUGUUUAACAAACAAAUAAGUAUCUUCAAAUUCAAAAAUGUUACCCGUGAAUUCAAUAAAAAAUUCAAGGAGGUCUUCGAUUUUGAAGUUACCAAAAAAACCAACGUCCUCACAAAAUGUUGAGUCGAAUUCGUCACCGGAAAAUAGCCCAUCUAGACUCAAGCGCAGAGUCAGUUUCGCUGAGAAAAAAAGUGUUAAAGAGUUCGUUGAUUCAUUCGAGCAAGGAACGUUAUGGGACAGCACCUACGAGGAGAGCGACUCCAGUCAGAUGAAACUGAGUCAUACGGAAGCUCCAAAACCCGGAAUAGUUACGACUACUAGUUUUUUAAGCCUCGCUUUGAAUGCAGGUCAAAACUUGGACAUAAAUCCGUCAUCUGCUUCUCUACGCCCGGACAAAAUUGAGUUCAAGUUUCCAACAUCGGAGGCUGCGUCUCUUCUGGAAGUCCGGACUGAACGCGUGAUAGUAAAUCCCGAGCUGCUGGCUAACAAAGAAAACAUGCCGGAGAUUUUGAGUCUAGAAACUGUAGAGAGUUCUUUUGUCGAAGUUGCCGUCGACGAAACGAGACUCGUCAGUCAGACCCCAGGAUUCGCGGUCUACUGCGACGAAGAUGAAAAUCGUUUGGAUAAAACUAAUGUCGAAGAUGUUUCUAUGGAAUGUACGAUAGUCGCUUCGGAUGUUCCUCUUGUUGGAAAUCAGGAUAAUAAUUUAGAUAGGAAAUUUAAAGACACUGUAUAUUUAAAUAAAUCAAUGGAAUUUACUCAAGUUAUUCCGGCAUCUAAUUGCAAGACGCGGUUUUGUGAUGACAGGACUCAGGUGUUCAGUAACGAUUCUAUAGAAAUUACUGAGGCCAUUUCGUCAGUCCCAAUAAAAUCCAGUGGUUUGGGUGAAGAAAAAACUCAGGUCUUCUUAAAUAAAUCGAUGGAAAUGACAGAAGUCAUUCCUUCAAGUUUACCACGGCAGCAUGUUGAUGACAGAACCGAAGUAUUCCAUAAUAAAUCAAUGGAGAUGACUGAAGCGAUACCAUCGACAUUGAGUCGUCAUUAUAAUGAAGAUAGAACUAGAGUUUUCCAUAAUAAAUCCAUGGAGAUGACGGAUGUGAUAGUUCCCCUGGUGCCUGAUAUGCAGCAACGUAAUUUUACCGGAGAGAGGACUGAGGUAUUCCAUAAUAAGUCUAUGGAGUUGACUCAAGCAGUGCCAGUGUCAUUACUCAGUCAAUUCCGUCAGUUUGGUGAAGACAGAACAGAAGUUUUUCAUAACAAAUCCAUGGAAAUUACUCAGGCAGUGCCUCCAGCAUCAGUUCUUACUCAGUCUCGUCGUUUUGGUGACGACAGGACACAAGUUUUUCACAAUACUUCAAUGGAAAUGACUCAGGCAAUACUUCCCGCAUCAAUUUUAUCACAAUCACGUCAUUUUAGUGAAGAUAAAACAGAAGUUUUUCAAAAUAAGUCCAUGGAAAUUACGGAGGCCAUUCAACCACAGCUGAGUUUAUUACCACGUCGUUGUGAUGAAGAAAAAACUCAAGUUUUUCAUAAUAAUUCAAUGGAAAUGACUCAAGCAAUACUUCCAGCAUCAGUUUUACCACAAUCACGUCAUUUUAGUGAAGAUAGAACAGAAUUUUUUCAGAAUAAAUCUAUGGAAUUUACUGAUGCGAUACCUCCAGUGUCACUAAUGACUCGAUUACGUCAUAUUGAUGAUAGAACAGAAGUUUUUCAUAAUAAGUCGAUGGAAAUGACUCAGGCAAUAGUUCCAGCAUCAUCACGUCGUUUUGGUGAUGAUAAAACAGAAGUUUUUCAUAAUAAAUCCAUGGAAAUGACUCAGGCAAUAGUUCCAGCAUCAUCACGUCGUUUUGGUGAUGAUAAAACAGAAGUUUUUCAUAAUAAAUCCAUGGAAAUGACUCAAACAAUACCUCCAGCAUCACAAAUCAUCCAAUCACGUAAUUUCAAUGAUGAUAGGACACAAGUUUUUCAUAAUAAAUCAAUGGAAAUGACUCAAGCGAUACUUCCAGCGUCAAUUUUACCACAGCCGAUUCAUUUUGAUGAAGAAAAAACUAAAGUCUUCCAUAACAAAUCAAUGGAAAUAACUGAAACAAUAAGUUCUUUACAAACUCCACUUACUAACCGGUCGAUUCUAUCAAAAUCAGCUGCCCAAGAUCUGGAAAUAGAUCACAAUUACUUUAUGGAGAACACAGUAUCAAUAAAUCCGUCUUUGAAACGAAGCUAUCACUGUAUCGCAGACACUAAAACUCCAAAGUCAGCAGUCUCUAGUCCGAAUGCUAAGAAUCCUCGUGACUGUAAACCACCUGUUGAUCGAAAAGCUUCGAUGGAAGCUCUGCAUCGGAUACUGCAUCAAGAUUUGAACAAAGACAACGAUCUGUGCCCAUCAUUUUUAUCCAAACCGCCGAUUAUUUCAAAUGAAAACGACAGAGCUGAUGACUCUAUGGAAAUGACCGUAGCGAUUCCGUCAAUCCGAGCACCAGCUUCUGAUGUGAGAGAAAGUCUAGUUAUGUCUGAUACCGUUGCCGUUGAACCAGAUGAUUCUUCAAGUUUAUCAGCAUCGGAUUCGUUUGAAAAAAAUCAAGCACCCGGUUUUGAAUCUCAAUCGGAUUCAGUAAAUCAGUCGACUGAUUCAGUGAAUAAUGAAAAUUCAAGUGAUAGAUUUACGGAACUGAUGUCUAGAAAUGAAGAUCAAUUUGAUUUUGAUGGUAGAGUUUCAUUGCAAGAGACACCUUCAUUUAUUUACACCAAUGAUGCGGAUUUUAGUGUCGAUCAAGAUGUUGAUGCUCCUAAAGUGUCUCAAUCUCUGAAUAAUGAUUCUGAUAAUAGCACGCUGGUGGAGUCCAGCAACUUGAGUAAAGACUCUAGCGAUCUAAGUCAAACAAGUGAACUAGAUGAGAGUAAUAACAGAGAAUCAUCAACUGACGAUAUUUCUAAAGAUCUGUCUGGCAAUGACAUAAAUUUGGAUUACUCAGAUAAAGUUAAAUGUGCUGCAAACGAGUCUAGAUUGAAACGAAGUAUUUCAGAUGAAGAUAGUGAAGAAGUUGAGAAGAAAAAAUUAAUUUUAACGUUUACUGAAGACAUUCAAAUAAAAGAUAACUCAGCAGAAUCUAAUGUCCUGUCAAAUGAUUCAGCGGAUAGUCAAGUAAAUAGAACGCAAGAUGAUUCCAUGGAUGUCAGUCUGGCGGUAAACGAAUCUCUAGAGGUAUUGGAUGAUAAGAAAAUAAAUAUUCCAGAGAUAGGAUACCUAGAGCCGAGUGAUAUCAACAUUCGUCUGCAAAAACUUAUUAUAAGAGACCAGUUAGUUAACAGAAAAUUAAAAGAGACUCAACAGAAUAUUCAAGAAGCCAAAGCUAAGCUCAAAAAGCUACCGAAAAAAAUUGAGUGCGUGACUGAAGAAAUUGUUGAUCAAACUCCGUACCAGUUACUAAAAGUUGGUCUUGAGAAUUACGCGAAGAGGAAAGAGUGCGUUUGGAAAAUCCAUACCAUCAAUCCGGCUGUUGUCUGCAUUGAAUUCUACAAAACUAGUUUGAUAUUCGGGGUCCGGGUGAAUGUUGCCGAACCAGAGGAAGAAAUAACUAAAAUUCGUAUCGUGCCUCGUGUAUGUGACAAUGAUAUCGAAAUGUUGAAGCUCACUGAUAGAUUGAUCACCAGAAAGAUCGACUGUGAUCGGUUGAUGGAGACUCAUAAAAAUUACGCAGAUAUUCCUAAACUUAUUGCUCUUGUUACCGAGCAAGUUGUCUUUGUCUACGAUUUUUAUGAGGAGUUGAAAAAAUUGUACAGGCUUAGUGUGAUGGACAUUCUUGGAGACAUAGUAUCAGUAACAGUGAGAACUAAAAAAAUGGAGACAAUUAUCAAACUUAAAAUUAAUAUCGCGUCAUUUCCAUUUAUAAAUCCUGAUGACAUAGAAGUUAUUAAUAUAUUAGGAUCUGUUAGAGACAAAGAUGUGAAAAAUUUAAUAAAAAAUGUAAAACCAACUCCGAAAUUACUUACACUGUAUAUAAAUGAUGUGAAACAACUUUUAGAAUUACUUGCAAUUGCUAAUUCAAAGAUUUGA